GGCAAUAAAAAUACAUGCGAGAAAUGUGAUUGCUCAGAUGGAGAACCUAUAAUCUUACGAAAGCUGGAUAUAGAUUGUUUUAGCACCAAAGUUAGUAUAAAUUCUCUUUUCAAUGCUAAGAAGAACAUUUUUGUUUGUCUUAUGUUUUUGGUAAUCUAUAACAAAAAUGUGCAUGUAUCCUGUGUAGGUUACACGUACUUAUAUUUAUAGUGUGCUCUCUUGACUCCUUACGCAAAUUUUUUUACAAACCAAUUAUUGUAUAAGUGCAAGAUACUCCCCUAGGUCGCAAACUAAUAUGCGUAGUUUCUGUCGUUUGUAUUGUACGGAAUUGCGUAAAAAUACUUCUCCGUGGAGACGUAAAUAUUUUUGCGACAUUUAUGUUUCAGUAGACACAUGUUCAAAUUCUUUCGGUUUCAAAAAUAUGCUUUUGAUGGACAUAGUAGAAAUUAUGUGGUACUUUGUGACAGUCACUGUCCAAUCAAUAAGAUUGAAAGGCAGCAGAGAUAUGAUCUUGAUAGUCAAGGCCUACUGUACGCAGUAAAUAUUUUUGAUAAUAUUGGUAAUCUUUCUAAGUGUUAACUAAAGGGUCACAGUUUGUAGAUGAUUUUGUGUGGUAAAUCAAAGGUAAAAGAAUUCAGUACGCUAACAAGUAAUUCCAAAAUCUUUUCAAUCCGCGCUCCAGUAGUCAUGUGUUGGCCAGUAAGAACAAUCGGACGUAUUUAUUUAAAAUUUGGACGAGACAAAUAAUCAUGUUCAAAUAAUCUAUCGAUUAGUACGAACGACAUAUUUUUUAAGCAUUUACAUCAAGAUACCAUCAUGCGUAGUAUUUCAAGAGCAGUAAAAUACCAUUGUUAAAAUUUCGUUUGAAUAGUUCAGUAAGAAAGCGAAACGAUAUGAUCAUUCGAGUACUUUUUGCGCAGUCUGACUGCUCUUUAACUUAUCAAGAUAUCUUAAAUCAGAACCAUCAGUUGGAAAAUUGAGAGACAGGACGGCAACUAGAAGCACAAGGAAAAAGCAAAGCUUAUCACAUUACUUUUAAUAUUGCAAUUAAAGUCAAUAUUGCCAAGAUAUUCUCACUAUUAUAUAUAGUUGAUUUGAGUUUAUUCUUUACAAAUCUUAUGGAGUUUCGAUUUGAUCUAUUUGUUUCAAAUACAUUGCUCCUAUGAACCACGUGUUUUGUUUGGACGUUAUUUUCUGAUUUCCUUAUCCAGAAAAUUGAUGAAAGCUCCCUUAAACUAUGCAUUAUUUAAUAUCUUGAUCAUAUGAGUAACCCUAGGUUCCAUAUUUUGAAAGAUAAUCUUGGUUAACACCUAGUAAUAUCUCACCGUAGUUAUCUUCAUUAUCCUGAAUUAAACUCAUGUCGUAUAUGAAGUGUAAAAUUAAAUCUGGGUCUUCAAUUUUUCCGUGAAGCUAACCACGGCGUUUAUCCCCAGACUUUAAAUAUGGUUUGAUACAUAUACUGAAUCUGGGUUUUACAUUUUUAUUGGAGAGUUUCUGAACAUCUUUUGAUCACUGUUUUUGGAGGAGGAUAAACAGUGAAUCCACCACAGUUACUGAUUUAAGGCUAUAUCAAAUGGCAAGUAAAUAUAUGGUAUUGUUAGCAUCGAAUUGUUACACAUAUCAUUAAAAUUCAAUUGAUAUUAUAGGUACGGAAUGUAUAUAGACAUUUUAAUUAGUAAUGAUAAUUGUUAUUUGUAUGACAGUUUAACUUAUUACAGCGAUAAUUGGUUUGAAAUUGUUAAUUUUCUUUACAACAAAUAAAAACUUAUUUAUAGACUGCUCAUCGAAGGCAGUCAUUGAGCACUGAUGUUUUAGAUAUCCACCGGGAUAAGUUUACUAGUCCUAAACCAUUUUCUCCAAGAACAAUGAAAUCAAAUGUCUCAUCCAAACUUAUCAGUUUGCGAUGUUACAAUCCACCUAAAAGAAUUAUUUGUCGUCAGUCUGAUUCGAAAGUUUCUUUGGAUGUUAAACCUGUAAUGCACUUCAAAAAACAAGUCGGAACCUGUACAACAAAUUCAGAUAUGGAGGCAGUUGACAAUACUAAACAUGAAGAAUCGAAUACAGAUAGAGGAGAAACCACUUUCUCUCAUUUAAACAAGAGAAUAUCUAAUUAUUCUUCUAAACAUAUCCUGCCAUCUUCUCAUCACAGACGUAUUUCACAACGAAAUCGACAAAAUCAAUCGAUGUCUACUGAAUAUAUUGAUGGACUGCAUAAUUUUGGUAAAGUUAAACAGUGGCUAAACACACUACCUGGUAAUAGUACAGUCCAUAAACCAGAGAUUGCUACAUCCGCGCAAUGUGAUGAAGAGAAACUGGAAAAGUCGUUUACAGAGAAAAACGUUUAUACAUAUAAUACAGACAAACAAAUGCUGAAUAAACCAACUGGGAAUGAAGUGUCAAUUGAAAAUUUAAAGAAUGAAGUCAACUAUUUGAAAUUUAUAUCUUCUGUUACGGACGAUGUAUUAACACGUGGUGUUCUUACUGAUAAAAAUGUCAAUACCAUUCUACAUGAACAUGCAACUAUGAAUGAAUAUGGACUGUCAAAAGAUCAAAUCAAAAAUGCAAUUCAACAUAUUAGAACACAAUUAAAUGUAAGGACUGAAGUGACAACUACUACUCCAAUUACUACUGAUAUGAGUCAUUUAUUGUAUUCCAGUUCUUCAGGCUUACUAUUCCAUGAUAAUGAGACGAUGAUAAAUAAUGUUGAAAAUGAAAAGAGUCAUGUACAACAACAACGACAACACCAAAACCAGCCAACUGUCAGUUAUAAGACCGUAUUAGAUAUUAAACCAUUAUGUAGAUCUACUUCAUCAUUAUUGUCGGUACCUUGCAAUCAAAGUCAUCAGCCAAAUAAUCGUUUAUCAAUAACAACAACACCGACAACAACAACAACUUCGAUAACUAUUAGACCAAAUCAAAGCAUUAAUAUACCAAAAGAUGCUCAGGAAGUAUUUCAACAUUUAAUGAAUACAAAUGGUACUGAUGCAGUGGAUGGAAUAAAUAACAAUAUAUUAUUUCAACAUGAUUAUGAAUUACAAAAAGAUAAAUGUUCAAUUAAUCAACACCAAAAUGUUUCUGUGGAAAAAUUGGUUGAUAAACAGAAUCUAUCAUUAAACAGAUAUGACACUAAUGAUGAAUAUAUUGAAGUAUCUCACAAACAUCACUGUGAAGACAAAAUUAACGAAGACAUAAAAAAUUAUGAAAAUACUUUAAAUAACCAAUUUAAUGCUUUAUUGGUUUCUAAUACUACCACUAAUACAACUGUUACAAAUAAUAAUUCUGUCAAUAAUUUAACACUGUCGAAUUCACCGAAGUUAAUACAACAAACAAAAUCUAAUGAAGCAUUUAAUAAUUUACAGAAUCAAUACAAUCCUGUAGAUGCAAAAACUCACUUGAUAAUUGAGCAUAAUGAUAAUGAUGACGAGAAUAAUGAUGAAACUAUUGAAGAAAAGCGUAAUUCACGUCAAAAUCGUGUGAAAUUUGCAUCAGAAGCUGAAUUUUUCUCACCUUCAUAUUGUAGUGAACAAGCAACUUCAAUAAGCAGUUUCACUGAUUUAUCUCAUCUAUCUAACUUUUCUACUAUUACUACUACUACUACUGCUACCACAACAAUAACAACAACAACUGCCAAUAUUAGUCCUAGUAUAACUGAUCCUACUGAGUUUGAUCUAUACAAUUCACCUGAAACAAUGACUACAAUUUUAAAUAAGUCAUCUUUACAAACUUCCAAUUUAAACAAUGACUUCGAUAAUAUUAAUAAUUCUAAGGAAUUUUUAGAUUUAGAAACGAAGGGGAAUAAAAAUAAAGAACAAGAAACAUUAUAUAAUAGAUGAUAAUUUAUUUUGAUUAGAAACAUUAUUAUUAUAGUAGACAAAAAGUAUGAUCAAUGCCAAGUUAUUUAUUUAAUUAAUUGGAUUUUUCAAGGUUAUUAUUACUUGAGACCAAUAUUUACAUUGAAAAAUAUAUGGAUAUUUUAAAAUGUUGUCUUAAAUCUAAACAAGUAUACAGGCAUAUUCAUUAAAAGUUAUUAACUAAUUAUCAUCAUCAUCAUCAUAUAUUCAUUUUGUCAAAAUAGGUUCACAUCAUUGAAUCAUUGAGUACAAGUGACAAACUAGUAGUAAUGAAUAUACCUUUUAGUUGAAUAAUCAUCAUCAAUGGCAGGUGCACAUGGGCUCCAAUAUCCUUAAGGAACAAAUAGCGUAUGAACCAAUCAUUGGUUACCGGCUCUCAUGGGACUGCAUCUCCUUACGAU